GCCUACUGUGUCAUUUGACUAUCUUCGUUGUUAGCUGUGCAUUUCCGUUCUUGCUGGCUUCGUAGCAAUGAAAUGCCUUCAGCUUAUCACUGCAUUGGCAUUAGCCUUGAUACUGACUCUUACAGAUGCAAUGCCAUCUUGUGGUCCACGAGUACGGCGUAACUGGGAUGCAAUGACGGACGCAGAGAAGUCCACAUACAAGGGAGCGUUGGUUGCAGCAAUGGAGUCCGGUGCAUACAUCAAGUUCGUCGAGAUUCACACUGAGAUGAAGUCCGAAAUGGAGGCACACAAGCAAUGUAUGUUCAUCUACUGGCAUCGGCUUUUCCUGGUGAUAUUCGAGAACAUGUUGCGUGGUCAAGGCCCCGAGUACGCGUGCGUGACGAUCCCGUACUUUAAUUGGAUGGAGACCAAUAACAAAGCUCUUACUGGAGAGUGUACGAGUCUUGGAGACUGUUCUCCUAUCAUGAAAGAACUGGGUGGAUUCACAGGCAACCCGCAGCAAACCGUGGUCAUCAACGGCAAGAAUAUCACUGGAACUUGCGUCUCUGAGGCCCCACUGAACCAUUUCUGUCAGUCUUCAUCAAAGACAGGUGCAGCUUGUGCUGGUUGUUUACCUCGAGGCCAAUGGGGUUCUGCGAAAGUCCCGGCUAGUAUCAGCUACGCUUCAGUCAUCGGUCAGGUCUUUAAUGGGUCAAACAUUGAGAAGGUUUCUCGCACUGUUGAACGAGGAUGCCACGCCGAUAUCCACGCAACAUUAGGCAGCACAAUGGCCAAGUUCCAGUCUCCUGCAGAUCCGAUCUUCUGGUCGCAUCAUGCCAUGCUAGACGCACUGUUGACGAUCUUCCACAAGUGCCGCGUUGGCACACGACGCAUGACAUUCGAGGAGAAGGCAGCGGACCCAGUAGCGUGGGCAUCUUGCAAGCGACGAGUAGAGAAGAACCCUACUGGUCCACCGUUCAAACCGACCGACAUCGUCACAAUGAGAACCGGCGAGAAUGGCUCGAACCCGAUUGAAGCGAGUAAAGAUCCGCUUAUCGGUCGGUACUUCAAAGGAGUGCCUAACCGAUUCGCUGACUUGAUGGACGGUAGCGAUCUAGGCGCCAGUAGCUACACGUACGAGAUCAACGGUCUCCUCGCCAUGAUGUACAAUACUUGUGGUGGCAUGGCGGUUAAAGAUCACACAUCGCGUGCUCCAGAAGCUACGACGAUCUCUAGUGACUCAUGGUCGAUGUUAAGUGAUCGCAUUGUGGAGAGGCCAGAAGCCGGUAGAAGUCACUUCUUCGAUUGGUUUUUCGGUCGAGUUUUUCCGAAGGAGACGCGAGUAAGACGGCGACUUUCGAGUUGCCGGACAGGUACCACAAGUAAGAAGGAGGCCAUUCGACCAGCCUCAAGUAGUUCAAAUCAUAGCGUUCCCGUGGUGAUCGCUGUAAAGUUGACUCGGUCCGAGAAGCGCGUGAUGAAUUGGUACAAUGAGACGAUGACGUAUCAUGGAGGAGAAUCGAUCGAGACUAUUGCAGAGCUGGAACGUCAAGUCUGCAUGUUCCACGACCAAUGUCUCGGUGGUAUCAUCGACUACUCAGAUGAAUUCAAGGCUCUUUGGGGUGUUCAGGAGCCUCGUUGCAGGACCAUCGUGAACGCAAUUAACCGCGGCGAGCAGAAGUUUAUCGACGCGAAAUGGAAAGAGAGGAUGGAAACGCAUUUUGGUUGUCCACAUCCAGCCAACUCAACCGUCGUAAACGAUGACGCGAAAUAAUCGGAGUAAGUGUAGAAUGUCAAGUGUUUGUCUAGUACUGUAGAUGUCAAUAACGAUAAAUGGAGACACCCAGGUGUCAUAGCCAACGUUCAUCGUUCGCAAUCGAUACAUGACGUAGCGUAAAGUGCGUUCGUGAGCGUAUUAGUUUCACCAUAAAUUAUCCAGUGUGCUCCCG